CUAUGCUCUCCAACCUCAAUCCCCUUUCACUUAAAAUGGCAAUUAGUGUGCAGACACCAUUGAUGGAAGAUCUCAAAGGUUACAUGGUUCUCUUCCUCAUAUGGCUCUUCUCUUUCGUGUUGGUCAGAUCAAUCCUCUCUAAGGCUUUCCCUUCAAGGAAAAGACUCCUGCCAUCGCCACUUGCCCUUCCCAUCAUCGGCCACCUCCACCUCCUAAAGCCGAUCCCGCACAAGGCGCUCCAGAGGCUCUCCCGUCGCCAUGGACCCAUUUUCCGCCUCUCCUUCGGGUCGGUCCCCUUUGUAGUAACCUCAUCCCCCGAGACUGCGAGGGAGUUCCUCCGUGUCCAUGAGGGCUCCUUCUCCAACCGUCCCUCAACGGUCGCCGUACGGUACCUGACUUAUGGGGCAGAGGACUUUAGUUUUGCCCCUUAUGGCCCAUUUUGGAAGUUCAUGAAGAAGCUAUGCAUGACCGAGCUCCUCGGAACGAGAACGCUUGAGCAGUUCUUUCCCGUACGUCAUGAGGAGGUCGAGACCCUCAUAAGGUCGAUAAUGCAGAAGAGCCGGGAAGACAAGUUGAUUGACAUUGGCGAAGAGCUUACAAGGCUUGCCAGCAACAUAAUCUCAAGAAUGACGAUGGGCAAGAGGUGUUCAGGGACUAGUGCAGAGGCAGGCGAGGUGAGGAAGAUGGUGGACGAAGUCGGAGCUCUCACAGGCGAGUUCAAUUUGCAGGACUACAUCUGGUUUUGCAAGAACAUAGACCUGCAAGGACUCGGGAAGAGGCUAAGAGACGUGCAGGCGAGAUUAGAUGCUAUGAUGGAAGAGAUCUUGAAAGAGCACGAGGAGACGAGGAAGAAACAAGUCUCAGCCUGUGGGCCCGAAGCCACGACGAGGGACAUUGUCGAUAUACUGCUGGAUUUCGUUGAGGACGAGAGAGCAAAACAAAGGCUCAGCAGAGAGGGCGUGAAGGCAUUCAUUCUAGAAAUGUUUACUACUGGGACUGGUACAUCAGCGGGCGUGAUCCAGUGGGCCUUAGCCGAACUCAUCAACCAUCCGGCUGUCCUCCAGAGGUUGCAAAACGAGAUAGACUCCGUGGUUGGCACCGGAAGGUUGGUGGAGGAGUCGGACAUCCCGAGCCUUCCGUACCUGCAAGCGAUUGUUAAGGAGACCUUAAGACUGCACCCCUCGGGCCCUUUGUUCACCCGGGAAUCUACCGAGGAAUGCACAGUGGGAGGCUACCACAUCCCUGCAAACACAAGGCUGAUCAUUAACGUGUGGGCGAUAGGGAAGGAUCCAAACUACUGGGAAGAGCCGUUAGAGUUCAGACCUGAAAGGUUCAUGCUCGGGGAAGGGAAGAGCAGUGAAGUCGACGUCAGGGGUCAGUAUUACCAGCUGCUGCCUUUCGGAAGUGGAAGGAGGAGCUGCCCGGGAGUCUCUCUAGCGCUUCAAGUGAUUCAAGCGGCACUCGCAAGUCUAGUUCAGUGUUUCGAUUGGAAGGCUGGGACGGGGAAAAACUGCAAAGUAGAUAUGACCGAGGCCCCGGGGAUCACCUUGACGUUUGCUCAUCCAUUCGUCUGCAUUCCGGUGGCUCGUGAUCUUCCUUUCCUCUCAGUUUAUGCAUAGUUAUUUCUAUCAUUUCAAGCUCAUCUGUUUUCACGAAUCAGACCAGUUAAAUCUAAUGAUGUAUGCCGCACUGAAAUAACAGUCCUACAUAAUUUCUGUUGUAUGUA